UUUUUUUAUUAAAUUAUUAAACUCUGAAUUAUCUUUAUCAAUUUCAAACAUGACCACAUCUGAAGAUUUCAUUGGUCAAAAUGCUCUUAUCUCUUAUUUAUCAGAUAACAAUAGGACAACAAAAUCAUAUUGGAGGUUCUUAACAAAUCACCGUGAUAUUAUUAUUGCUUCAAUUGAUACUACUUCAAAUUUAGAUAAUUGGAAAAAUCUUGAUAAUCUUUGGGCUGUUCGUUUUUUGAGAGAAAAAAAAGAUUUCCUUAAAAAAGAUUUUCCUGAUUUAAAAGAUAAGGUAAUUGCAGAACGAUUUCGAUAUGCAAAAACAUUAAAAAUAUUUUGCCAAGAAAUUAUUAAAGAAUAUAAAAAAAAUCAAGUAUUUAUUGAAGAAAAUAAUGAAAAAGAAAACAUAGUGCUUGCUGAUUUUGCUGAUUCAUCUUGUUCACACAUUUCUAAUUCAUCCCAUUCAAAAAAGAAUGUUGAAAAAUAUAAUAAAAAAGAAAAACAUAAACUUGAUAUUAAAUCUAAUAUUCAUCCAUUUUAUGAAAUUUCAAAUGAGAAUAUAAAAAAUUCAAUGGAUUUAUUUACAAUAAUUUCAAAAUUAGAAAAUAAUCAAUAUGCAAGUAUUGAAGGAUUUGAAAAAGAUAUUCGUCUUAUAUUUCGCAAUUGUUAUAUAUAUAAUGAUAUAGGAAAACUUAUAACAAAACAAAUUCGAAUUUUAGAACAAAAUAAAGAUAAAUUAGUAUAUAGACAAGUUGUGAAUGAUGCUCUUCUUAUCGCUUCAGCAUAUGAAAAUCUUAUUGCAAAUAAUAUUUUACCUUUUAUUGAACUUUUAAAAACAUUUUUAUUAACAAGAUCACAAAUAUCAUUAUCUUCUGCAAAUGAACCUGUUCUUCAGGCAAUUGUUGAAAAUCUUUUACCAUUAAAAUAUCGUAUUCCUGAAUUAUCAUUAGUAAUGGAUGGUACAAAAUUAAAAGGAUUUGGCCAAUUUGGAUAUUCAGAUAUUUUUAUCUUAAAAGGAAUAGGAAAUAAUAAUGUUAGUUUAGAAUUAAAAUAUAUUUCAUUAGUUGGAUUAAUUAAAAAAAAGAAGUUUAAUACAAAUGAUUUAGAAAAUUUAGAUAAAAUUAUUGAAAAAGAAGAUGAAAAAAUUCUCUUAAAAAGAUCAUAUGAAUAUUGGUCAAAAGAACAUAAUGAAACUAAAAAAGUAACUAUAGAAGAAGUAUUAAAUAAUGGAAUUAAACAAUUGAAAUCAUAUAUGAAUAUUAUUUCAAAAGGAAAACCAAAUGAUUAUUAUAGUUCAGGAAUAUUUGAUAAAAGAAUUAAAAUAACUAAAUCAAAUCCUAAUAAUAAAUUAAAAGGAUUUGUUAUAUUAGUAAUUGGAUUUUGACGU